CGGUACUACGCCGACUAUGCCACAAAGAAGUCGAGAGAAGUUGUUGUCAGACAAUCGUGGCUCAAUGUGUACAAAACUAAAAGUAUAGCGGAGGAAAUCUAUGUCUUUAAAAAUAUAUAUAUAUUAGAUACUUGCAAUAGACAUGACGGAAAUGUUUUCAAAUCUGUAUGGGCAAAAUGAAGCUCAGGGACCACCUGGAUCAUCGUCUUUGGGAUUCGGACCGGGAAAACCACCACCGCCUCUGCCGCCAAAUCAAGUCACAAUGGCGGCUCAGAUGCCACCUCAGCACGGGGAUGAGGGGCCUGCUCUACGGAAGCCGGGAGCAAUGAACGAACCUUAUUAUUUACUGCGAGAGCUACCAGUGGGCAAUGAGCUGACGGGCAACACCAACCUAAUCACCCAUUACAACCUGGAACACGCCUACAACAAGUUCUGUGGCAAGAAGGUUAAGGAGAAGCUCAGCAACUUCCUGCCAGAGUUACCAGGUAUGAUAGACUGUCCUGGCACCCAGGAUGGUAGUUCGUUGCGCUCUCUGAUAGAGAAGCCUCCAGUGUGUGGCAACUCCUUCAGCCCUCUGACCGGAGCCAGCCUCACCGGCUUCAGACUACACACCGGACCUCUACCAGAGCAGUACAGACUGAUGCACAUACAGCCCCCAAAGAAGAAGAGCAAAAACAAGCACAAACACCACCGACCACAAGAUCCCAUACCACAAGAAACCCCGUCAGACUCUGACCCCAAGAAGAAGAAGAAAAAGAGGGAUGACGACCCCGAUCGCAAGAAGAAAAAGAAGGACAAGAAAAAGAAGAAGAACCGCCACAGUCCGGACCACCCUGGCUUGGCUGGCUCUCAGCCCAACAGCAACAGCCUCCGAUAGACCAGCCAGACACGGUGUGUGUGUGAGGAGCAGCGUGUGAGUGUGUUUGAAGGGAAUCAGGAUCUGUUUGUGAGAAUGUAUGCAGACACGAGAGAUUAUGCAUUUGUGAGAGAGGGAUACGCAAAUGUCUGUUUGUACAGUAUGUGAGUUUGUGAGAAAGUGUGUGGGUGGGUGGCAGAUUGGAUGUGAGCAUGGUAAAGUAAUGUUGUUACAGUAUGACAGACAGAAGGUCACUGAUGUUCUGACUGAGUACAGUGCCUUCGGAAAGUAUUCAAACCCCUUGACCUUUUCCACAUUUUGUUACGUUAGUCUUAUUCUAAAAGUGAUUAAAUAGUUUUUUCCCCUCAUCAAUCUACACACAAUACCCCAUAAUGACAAGGCAAAAACAGGUUUUUAGACAUGUUUGAUAAUUUACAGUACCAGUCAAACGUUUUAUUAGAGGUCGACCGAUUAUGAUUUUUUCAACGCUGAUACCGAUUAUUGGAGGACCAAAAAAAGCCUAUAGCGCUUAAUUGGCCAAUUUUCACAUUUUUAUUUAUUUAUUUGUAAUAAUGACAAUUACAACAAUACUGAAUGAACACUUAUUUUAACUUAAUAUAAUACAUCAAUAAAAUCAAUUUGGCCUCAAAUAAUAUUUAGGCUCUCUAUACGAUUUGUAUUUCAUAUACCUUUGACUAUUGGAUGUUCUUAUAGGCACUUUAGUAUUGCCAGUGUAACAGUAUAGCUUCCGUCCCUCUCCUCGCUCCUACCUGGGCUCGAACCAGGAACACAUCAACAACAGCCACCCUCGAAGCAGCGUUACCCAUGCAGAGCAAGGGGAACAACUACUCCAAGUCUCAGAGCGAGUGAUGUUUGAAACGCUAUUAGCGCGCACCCCGCUAACUAGCUAGCCAUUUCACAUCGGUUACACCAGCCAAAUCUCGGGAGUUGAUAGGCUUGAAGUCAUAAACAGAGCAAUGCUUGAAACAUUGCAAAGAGCUGCUGGCAAAACGCAUGAAAUUGCUGUUUGAAUGAAUGCUUACGAGCCUGCUGGUGCCUACCAUCGCUCAGUCAGACUGCUCUAUCAAAUCAUAUACUUAUUUAUAACAUAAUAACACACACAAAUACGAGCCUUAGGUCAUUCAUAUGGUCGACUCCGGAAACUAUCAUCUCAAACAAAACGUUUAUUCUUUCAGUGAAAGACAAAAUACGUAACGGUUCUAUCUAUUGGGUGGCAUCCAUAAGUCUAAAUAUUCCUGUUUACAUUGCACAACCUUCAAUGUUAUAUCAUAAUUACGUAAAAUUCUGGCAAAUUAGGCGGCCCAAACUGUUGCAUAUACACUGACUCUGCGUGUAAUGAACGCAAGAGAAGUGACACAAUUUCACCUGGUUAAUAUUGCCUGCUAACCUGGAUUUCUUUUAGCAAAAUAUGCAGGUUUAAAAAUAUAUACUUCUGUGUAUUGAUUUUUAGAAAGGCAUUGAUGUUUAUGGUUAGGUACAUGUUGGAGCAACGACAGUCCUUUUUUUCACGAAUGUGCACCGCAUCGAUUAUAUGCAACACAGGACACUAGAUAAACUAGUAAUAUCAUCAACCAUGUGUAGUUAACUAGUGAUUAUGAUUGAUUGAUUUUUAUAAGAUGAGUUUAAUGCUAGCUAGCAACUUACCUUGGCUUCUUACUGCAUUCGCGUAACAGGCAGGCCCCUCGUGGAGUGCAAUGAGAGGCAGGUGGUUAGAGCGUUGGACUAGUUAACAGGAAGGUUGCAAGAUUGAAUCCUCGAGCUGACAAGGUAAAAAUCUGUCGUUCUGCCCCUGAACAAGGCAGGUAACCCACCGUUCCUAGGCCCAUUGAAAAUAAAAAUGUGUUAUUAACCGACUUGUCUAGUUAAAUAAAGGUGUAAAAAAAACAACAACAUUUAAAUCCGAUUUCCAAUUGUUAUGAAAACUUGUAAUCGGCCAUUCCGAUUAAUCGGUCGACCACUCGUUUGGACACCUACUCAUUCAAGAGUUUUUAUUUUUACUGUUUUCUACAUUGUAGAAUAAUGGUGAAGACAUCAAAACUAUGAAAUAACACACAUGAAUAAUGUAGUAACCAAAAAAGUGUUACUACAUUUUGUAUUUGAUAUUUUUCAAAGUAGCCACCCUUUGCCUUGAUGACAGCUUUGUACACUCUUGGCAUUCUCUCAACCAGCUUCACCUGGAAUGCUUUUCCAACCGUCUUGAAGGAGUUAAUGCAUAUUCUGCUGAGUUCUAGUUGGCUGCUUUUCUUUCACUCUGUGGUCCAGCUCAUCCUAAACCAUCUCAAUUGAGUUAAGGUUGAGUGAUUGUUGAGGCCAGGUCAUCUGAUGCAUCACUCCUUUUUGGUCAAAUAGCCCUUAUGCAGCCUGUGUUUUGGGUAAUUGUCCUGUUGAAAAAGAAAUGAUAGUCCCACAAAGCGUAAACCAGAUGGGAUGGCGUAUCGCUGCAGAAUGCUGUGGUAGCCUUGCUGGUUAAGUGUGCCUUGAAUUGUAAAUAUAUCACAGACAGUGUCACCAGAAAAGCACCAUCACACCACCUCCUCCAUGCUUCAUGUGGGAACCACACAUGCAGAGAUAAUUCGUUCACCUACUGCGUCUCACGAAGACACAGCGGUUAGAACCAAAAAUCUCAAAUUUACACAUCAGACUAAAGGACAGAUUUUCAUAGGUCCAAUGUUCAUUGUUUGUGUUUCUUGGCCCAAGCAAGUCUCUUCUUAUUGGUGUCCUUUUUUAGUAGUGGUUUCUUUGCAGCAAUUCGACCAUAAAGGCCUGAUUCACAGUCUCCUCUGAAUAGUUGAUUUUGUGAUGUCUGUUACUUGAACUCUUAUUUGGGCUACAAUUUCUGAGACUGGAAACUCUAAUGAACUUAUCUUCUGCAGCAGAGGUAACUCUGGGUCUUCCAUUCCUGUGGCGGUCCUCAUGAGAGCCUGCUUCAUCAUAGCGCUUGAUGGUUUUUGAGACUGCACUUGAAGAAACCUUAGCGGUCCGUGAAAUGUUCCGGGUUACACUGACAUUCAUGUCUUAAAGUAAUGAUGGACUGUUGUUUUUCUUUGCUUAUUUGAGCUAUUCUUGACAUAAUAUAUUUACUAUUUAGUAAAAGACCAAGUCCAUAUCUUCUGUACUCCACCCCUAACUUGUCACAACACAACUGAUUGGCUCAAACGCAUUAAGAAGGAAAGAAAUUCCACAAAUUAACUUUGAACAAGGCACACCUGUUAAUUGAAAUGCAUUCCAGGUGACUACCUCAUGAAGCUGGUUGAGAGAAUGCCAAAAGUGGGCAGAGUGGUCAUCAAGGCAAAGGGUAGCUACUUUGAAGAAUCUCAAAUAUAAAAUACAUUUUGAUUUGUUUAACACUUCUUUUGGUUACUACAUGAUUCCAUAUGUGUUAUUUCAUAGUUUUGAUGUACUCACUAUUAUUCUACAAUGUAAAGAAUAAAGAAAAACCGUUGAAUGAGUAGCUGUGUCCAAACUUUUAACUUGUACUGGCUGUCUCCAGUCAACCUGGUCAUGCUGUUGCUCUAGUUUAAGUUAUUCUGCCAGCGGCAGAAUCCUGACAUGUUCACCGGACGUGCUACCUUGUCCCGGACCUGUUCUUUUCGACUCCACCACACCUGCUUUCUCGACGUCUGAAUGCUCGGCUAUGAAAAGUUAACUGACAUUUACUCAUGAGGUACUGACCUGUAACCAUUGUGAUUAUUAUUUGUCCCUAAUGGUCAUCUAUUAACGUUUGUUCUUCAAGAUGGUCAGUCUGGCCUCAAAUGGACCCGGCCACCUCUUAGAGCCUGGUUCCUUCCUCUAGGUUUCUUCCUUGGUUCCUGCCUUUCUAGGGAGUUUUUCCUAGCCACUGUAAUUCUACAUCUGCAUUGCUUGCUGUUUGGGGGUUUAGGCUGGGUUUCUAUGUAGCACUUUGUGACAUCUGCUGAUGUAAAAAGAGCUUUAUAAAUAUAUUUGAUUACUGUAUACAAAAUGAAUGGGAAUAUUACAUUUACAUAAGUAUUCAGACAAUUUACACAAUACUUCAAUGCACCUUUUGGCAGCGAUUAUAGCAUUGAUUCUUCUUGGGUAUGACACUACAAGCUUGGCAUCCCUGUAUUUGGGGAGUUUCUCCCAUUCUUCUCUGCAGAUCAUCUUAAGCUCUGUCAGGUUGGAUGGAGGGCUUUGCUGCACUGCAAUUUUCAGGUCUCUCUAAAGAUGGUCGAUCGGGUUCAAGUCCGGGUUCUGGCUGGGCCACUCAAGGACAUUCAGAGAUUUGGACCGAUGCCACUCCUGUGUUGUCUUGGCUGUGUGCUUAGGAUCGUUGUCCUGUUGGAAGGUGAACAUUUGCCUCCAGUCUGAGUACCUGAGUGAUGUGGAGCAGGUUUUCAUCAAGGAUCUCUCUGUACUUUGCUCCGUUCAUCUUUGCCUCGAUUCUGAAUAGUCUCCCAGUCCCUGCCACUGAAAAACAACUCCACAGCAUCAUGCUGCCACCAUGCUUCACCGUAGAGAUGGUGCCAAGUUUCCUAAAGAUGUGACACAUUCAGGCCAAAGAGUUCAUUUGUGGUUUCAUCAGACCAGAGAAUCUGGUUUUUCAUGGUCCGAGUCACCUUUAGUUGCCUUUUGACAAACUCCAGCUGGCUGUCAUGUGCCUUUUUACUGAGGAGUGACUUCCAUCUGGUCACUACCAUAAAGGCCUGGUUGGUGGAGUGCUGCAGAGAUGGUUGUCCUCCUAGAAGGUUCUCCCAUCUCCACAGAGGAACUCUAGAGCUGUCAGAGUGGCCAUCGGGUUCUUGGUCACCUCCAGGACCAAGGCCCUUCUUGCCCAAUUGCUGUUUGGCCAGCUCUAGGUUGUGUUGGUUCCAAACGUCUUCCUUUUAAGGAUGGAGGGCACUGUGUAGUUGGGGACCUUCAAUGAUGCAGACAUUUUUUUUGGUACCCUUCACCAGAUCUAUGCGUUGACACAAUCCUGUCUCGGAGCUCUACUGACAAUUCAUUAGAUCUCAUGGCUUGGUUUUUGCUCUGACAUGCACUGUCAACUGUGGGACCUUUAUAUAGACAGGUGUUUACCUUUCUCAACCAUGUCCAAUCAAUUGAAUUUACCACAGGUGGACUCCAGUCAAGUCGUAGAAACAGCUCGAGGAUGAUCAAUGGAAACAACAGGAUGCACCUGAGCUCAAUUUUGAGUCUCAUAGCAUAGGUUCUGAAUACUUACUUGCAUAAGGUAUUUGUUUUUUGUUUUAAAUACAUUUGCAAACAUUUCUAAAAACCCGUUUUCACGUCAUUAUGGGGUAUUGUGUGUAGAUUGCUGAGGAUUUUUUUAUUUGAUUUAAUCAAUUUUAGAUUAAGGCUGUAACGCAACUUAAUGUGGAAAAACUCAAGGGGUCUGAAUACUUUCCAAAGGCACUGUAUAUGAUGAGUGUCCUUUUUUUCAUUUGUUUGGGAUAUUUUCUGACUACAAAUUAUAUUCCAAUAAACUUUUAUUAUUGUC